CUCUCUCUCUCUCUCGCUGAGCGCGUGCACGAGCAGCAGGGGUAACAGAAGAGAGGAGCGCGAGGAAGAAGGGAGGGAUGGUGGAUAACUCGAGCGGCAGCAGCAGGGCACAAAUGGAGGGCAGUUUGGGGAGCGGUGGUUACCCCCAGGGGGGUAUGGCUGGAGUGAAGCUGGAGGCCGUGAUGGAACAGCUGCAGAGGCAGCAGCAGGCACGGCUGGAGAUGGAGCGCAAGGAGCGGCGACUCCGUGAGGCCCACAUCAUGUACGCCCAGCAAGUGGCCGCCCAGCAGGCCAUUCUGGCUGCGGCCAGAGCUUCCGGGGUGGCCCAGGGGCAGACCAGAGCAGACUCGGAACGGGACAACAAGGAACGGCGAGGCCAGGACUCGGAUGACGAAGAUGAUGAUAACGAUGAUGCUGCUGAUGAUGAUGAUAAUGAGGAGGAGAUGAUGGAAGGGGACGAAGCCAGUGAGGAAGAGGCUGGUGCGGUGAGUGGUUUGGAGUUUUUGAGAAAGCAGACAUUGGCUCUGCAGCAAGGAGCUGCCAGGUUGCAGGGCCAUUCCUUUGGGAGCUACACCGGGACACCAGCUCCAGCACCUGGGACCCAGAGAGAACCAUCACCCCCUGUCCAGGUCAAACAGGAGCCUGAAGAUGGGCUUUCUCCAGUGGAGCCAGCAUCAGCUGCUUCCCCUAAUGGCCAGGCUGACUGGAGCUACGAAGACAACUUCAAACAGAAUGGAGUUGGUGUGUGGGGGGAGGAGUCAGACAGCAGCAGAGGAAGAGGAGAGGCAUCCAGAGAUUUUGCCAAGUUGUAUGAGCUGGACAGUGACCCCAACAGAAAAGAGUUCCUGGACGAUCUCUUUACUUUCAUGCAGAAGAGAGGAACUCCGGUAAACAGAAUCCCCAUCAUGGCCAAGCAGGUGCUGGAUCUGUACAUGCUGUAUAAGCUGGUGACGGAGAAGGGGGGUCUGGUGGAGGUCAUCAACAAGAAGAUCUGGAGAGAAAUCACCAAAGGCCUCAAUCUCCCCACCUCCAUAACCAGCGCAGCCUUCACCCUCCGCACACAGUAUAUGAAGUAUCUGUACCCGUACGAAUGCGCUCGGAAAGGGCUGAGCUCACCCAACGAGCUGCAGGCCGCCAUCGACAGCAACCGGCGCGAGGGCCGCCGACCCAGCUACAGCAGUAGCGGCCUUUUCCGCUUUAGCCCCUCCCCCAGCACUGCAUCACACAUCCUAUCACCUCCCAAGAUGCAUCUGGCAGCACUGGGCGCCGGGCCGGGAGCCGCGGGGGCGCUGAACGGCCUGCAGGGCUCCCCAGGACCAUCCGUCAAGAAGGGGCUCGAAGAUGCCUCCCCCUCUCUGCUGGCGGCACGGGCCCCCUCCUUAGCACUGGCUCUGGGGCCCCAGCAGGUGGCCGGUUUGGCCAGAGCAGCCACUCUGGAGCAGUUGCGGGAGAAGCUGGAGACAGGCGUCGGUGCCGAGGGUCCAGAGAGGAAGAUGGCUCGCCUUGCUGAGGAGCAGCAGAGGCUGAUGCAGCAGGCCUUCCAACACAAUCUGCUGGCCAUGGCUUCACAGAUGCCCAUGAACCUGAGACUGAGCAUGCCACCAAGAGAAGACAAGCACGACCUGGCCAUGAGCAUCUCCUCCUCUGGAGCUGCCAGCAUCAGCGUAUCUGUGGAGGUCAAUGGUGUCCUCUACUCAGGAACGCUCUUUGCUCAGAAGUCAGCAGCAACACCAGUGAGUGCAUCUGCUGCAGCGAAUGUGCAUCCCAUGGCACCCAGCGCGGUCUUCAGCUUUCCCAGCCACAGCCCCUCCUCUUCCUCUUCUUCUAAGGGCCCCAGCUCAGUGGAGCCCUCCGCCAGCAGCUCUCCGUAGCCUGGACACAGCCUUCACCCGCUGCCCAGGCUCCAGCCUGCUCCAGGCCAGAACAAAGCAGUCAUGGAUGUUUUGAAAAUCAAACUGUUGCACAACCAGUACCUCAUUUUUCUCCUGUCGGUCUUGGCUGU